CGGGGUACAGACAGAUUAGCUUGAACACGUGCGUUGCGUUGCACAAAUAAGGAGGCGGGUUCGCAGACCUCUUCAGCGUGAUCUCGUUUGAUCGUUUCCCAUAAUGUUUGUAGGGUUGGGUGGUAGGCAACGUGACGCUCACCUCGGGAAAUUUAGAGACGUCCCCGCUACAAGGGGAAUGGUUGUGUCCAGGUGACGUUAGGCUCUGGGCGGGGCCGGGCCGUUCCAAGUGAUCCCUGUGGGGGAGCGUCUUUCGGGCGAAGGCCGCCCUGAGAGCCACGCCCCCCUCGGCGUUUGGCGGUGGACGUGCCCACGGACAGGCCUCUCCGCGGCUGCGCAGGAGCAGCUCUCGGCGUACUCGCGUCGGAGCGGAGAGCGCGGCGGGGCGGCGGGGCGGCCGGGUGGCCGGGCGGCGGGGGGAGGACGGCAUGGCCCCGCAAGCAGGCGCCCCGCGCCUGGUGCUGCUGCUCAGCGGGAAGAGGAAGUCCGGGAAGGACUUCGUGGCCGAGGCGCUGCGGAGCAGGCUCGGAGCUGAUGUCUGCGCUGUCCUGCGGCUGUCCGGGCCACUCAAGGAGCAGUACGCGCGGGAGCACGGCCUGGACUUCGAGAGACUCCUGGACGCCAGCACCUACAAGGAGGCCUACCGGAGGGACAUGAUCCGCUGGGGCGAGGAGAAGCGCCAGGCCGACCCCGGCUUCUUCUGCAGGAAGGUGGUGGAGGGCAUCUCCCAGCCCGUCUGGCUGGUGAGUGACACGCGGAGGGUGUCGGACAUCCAGUGGUUUCGGGAGGCCUACGGGGCUUUGACCCGGACGGUCCGCGUGGUGGCCCCGGAGCAGAGCCGACGGCAGCGGGGCUGGGUGUUCACUCCAGGCCUGGACCACCUGCCUGCCAGUCGUGACCUCCCGUUUGUGUUUUCUGAACGCGGAAAGCGGCGCACAGAUGUACACACCCAAACGCGGGAGUGCCAAGCGCAGAGGGCAGAGCGCCCCGUGCCGAGUCCCCCAAAUAACCACUAUUCACAAACGAGCGUCCGCUCUCCCAAAUUUUAUGCACAUAUGAGCACUCGUUUCUUUUCAAAAACAAAACUAGGGUAGAAUUGUACGUACCGCUCAUCUCGUAACUUGUUUUCUCUCAUUGAAAUGCGUGGACGUCUUCCCGUGAAAAUGCAGGUGAAUCUGCCUUGUUCUUCUGCACGUGGUCUGCCGUGCGGCUCUGCCGUGGCCGUGCGGUCGGUCCCUACUCUGGACAUCCGGGGGGGUCCGGGUUUCUGCUUUGCCAACAGUGAAUGUCUCUGCGCACAUUUGUGGGAGUUUUUCUACAGGAUAAACCCCCAGAAGGGGGAGUGCUGGGUCGGAGGUCACGACCGCUGCCUAUUUUAAACAGAGAGCGAAUUCCCUUCUGGAAGAGGGACAGCUCUGUGCUGUUGCGGACCCGUCACGAGGAUGCUGGCCCCACCCUCCCGGUGUGGCUGGCCUGCGUCGUCCUUGCUGGCCUUGGCUCUUGUCUCUGGCGGUCCCUCCAUACCCAGCCUCUCUCCUUUUGCGUAUUAAUGUAUCCAGUACCAGGGUCUAGCUGUGACCUUGCCAGCUCAACAAACCCGUUCAUUCAAGGGGCGCCGGGGACUCGGCUGAGUGUCCAACUUCGGCUCAGGUCAUGAUCUCACGGUUCGUGGGUUCGAGCCCCGAGUCAGGCUCUGUGCUGAGAGCCUGGCGCCUGCUUGGGAUUCUGUGUCUCCCUCUCUCUCGCCCCCUCCCCUGCUUGUGCUCUGUCUCUCUCAAAAAUAAACAUAAGACAUUUUUUUUGAAAAAAUUAAUCCAGUCAACAAACAGUCGGUGGCUGUUCAGUGCGCGCCCCGUUCAAGCACAGCGCAGAACGAAGACGGUGAGGUUCCCGCCGCUGUGGGGCUCCUUCCCGUCGCGGGAUGCGGACGUCAAACGCACGAAGAAUUAAACGCCAGGCAGCCACCCAGGCAGCUGUGGCUGCCGUCCUGAGCGCUGAUUCGGGUGUGACGGCUGGGGGAGGGGGGCUGGCCGAGCCGGGCUGGCCGAGAAAAUAAUUUCUGGGGAAAACAAGGUCGGGAGUCGGGGGGGCAGCGUGUGUGGAGGCCGGAAGGCAGGAGGGAAGGCAGCCAGGGCGGGCGCUGGGCAGAGCGGGGGCGAGAUGUGGGU